AUCCCAACAUUCAACCUUCUUCAUUCUCUCUACUUCGUAUUUCUAUCUACACACCUAAACCUCUUUUUGCAUCAUGAGUUCCCCUAGUAGAGAAGCUUAUGAGAGGCAUGAUUCGGGUCCAAUUGUACACAUUUUGUCCCCGUUUUUCUUAGACGUUUGAUGCAUUUCUAUUGUGUGAGGUGUGGUUUUAUGCUAGGUUGACUUUGUGUUAAUGUUUCAGAUCCUAGCAGGUGAGACUGACCCCCGAAUCGAAAGUGGAACGAAAAGGAGCAAAAACGAGUCGAAGUGUUGAAGAAGUUGAGAUCACGACGGAAGCUAAGUUUUCACGGUCUUAUGGACCGUGAAAAGGGCGCCCAACUGUGAAGCGCAGAAGUUUCAGAACGAAUUGCGCAUCUCACUGGAGUCCAACCAGUUCACGGUCGCUAAGACCGUGAACCAAAGCCCCGGACCGUGAAGCGCCAAGAUUCCAGAAGCGAUUUGAGUAUCUCACUGGAUCCCUGUAAGUUCACGGUCACUAAGACAGUGAACUAAGUCUCAGAUCGUGAAUAGACUAAGUGAAAUGGUGCGGAUUUGCUCAACAUCACGGUCUAGGAUGGAUGUUCAUGGUCGUGAACUAUAAUCGUGAACUGACUUCGACCUGAGUAUAAAAGGUGGGCUGAGCAUAAGGGAAAGGGGGAGAGACCUAGUGUGAGAAACUUCUUCUUCUCGAGCUUUCUAGAUAGAGAAACUAAUGAACCAAAGAAGAGAAGAGGUUAGGGUUUUAUCUCCAAGUAAGGCUUUGGGAAUUUCUUCCUCAAAGGAGGAUCUCUACACCACAAGGAGCAAGGCUAGCAUCUCCAAGAUGGUUUUCCUUCUUCUUCCUUAUGUUUCCUCCUUACCUAACAUGGAGUAGUUUCUAUUUUCACUUGGGUGUGUCAUGUGUGUAAACCCUAGCUACAAUCAUGUGAAUGUUUGUAUGGAUUGAAUGAUUAGUGUGUGGGUGUGUUUUAAUACAAAGUUAUGAGGUAUUUUCAUGAAGAUUGAUUUUGUUUGUGCAUUUCAAUGUCAUAUGCUAUUUUAACCUAGGUAGAGGGGAAUCUCUUUUGAGUAGAGGCUUGUAAAAGCUGGAUUUCCGUGGGAAAUUUUUGUCUCCUACUUAGGUUAAAUUAGGGCAAACCUCUUAAUUCGUAUUAGCACCUAGGGUUGGUUGUAAUUUGGUCGUCCGAACUCCGAUUCGAGGGUGAAGUCUAGGCAACCCUUGGUUGAUAGGCCAAAAUAGCUACUUUGGUAGUUUGAAUCGGAAUCACUUGGCCUAUUGACGGAGCGAGUUGCGUUUCUUCACUAGUUGCACUUCCCAACAGUUUACAACUGCCUUUCCCACACUUUUGCAUUUGAUUUGACAAGUCAUUAUUGUUAGUUAGGGGGAGCAACACCCGGGUGAAGCCUUCUCAAUUAGUGUCCAAUCCAUUUACUUUUCCAAACGUUUUAGUUAUAGCUCGUUGUUUUCACCAAAAACCAAUUGCUAGAUAAUGUUUCAAACAAUCGAAGUAGGGGUAUAUGGUCCGACCUGGGUUGACAUUUAAACAUACUUGCCCUAUAUUGCACCCGGUUAAGGUUUAUACUUGGGAUUUUUAUUGAGGUAUUCGGGAUUGAGUCUCCGAGGGCCAUGGGCUACUACAUGGCUCCACGGGGGGCGGAUAUUCAACCUACCAUUUUACGUCUGCCCGUGGUCGCCAACAAUUUCGAGAUCAAGCCCGACCUCGUCACAAUGAUCCAAAACAAUGUGCAAUUCCAUGAGCUUAGAGAUGAGUCUCCGAGGGAGCAUAUUCAGAGGUUUAUCGAGAUUGCGAAAACUUUGAAGAUAAAUGGCGUGCCCGAAGAAGCUUUGAAGUUGAUGAUAUUACCCUACACUCUUGCGGGGAAUGUGCUCAUGUGGCUCAACAAUAGACCACCCUCUCGAUUACCUCAUGGGACGACUUGCUCAACAUGUUCAUGACCCGAUACUGCCCACCUUCCAAGACGGCGAAGUGGCGCAAGAAGAUCACUCAUUUUGAACAAGGGGAUGAUGAGAUAUUGAAUGAUGUCUGAGAGAGGUAUUCUGACUUUUUCCUCCAAUGGAUUUGAAUAACAGUUUGAGAUUGAUACCUUCUAUGGUGGUCUCCCCCAAGUUGAAAAGAUCCUCAUUGACUCUCUAUGUCAAGGGAAAUUUAUGAACAUGACUCCACCCCAGCUGAGCCAAAUGCUUGAAGCUAUGGCGACAAAAGGGUACAAUUGGGGCUUGACAAGAAGAGGUAGAAGGGAUGCCGAGAGAGGAGUACGUUUGGUGGAAUCAAGUCCUCCGUUUACUACUAAGAUUGACUGUUCAAUUGAUGCUCUCCUUGAAGAUAAGAAGCAAGGGAAGAAGACGUUGAUGGCAUGCGAUUGGUGCUCGAGUACAAGCCAUGAAGUUUCGGAGUGUCAAUUGGUGAAAGAAUCGAAUGCCCCUGUUGAGCAACUAUACUCUAUCUCCUCCGUAGGCUCUGACAGAAUGUCUACUUGAGCACCUUUGCUAGCUCCAGCUUGAGGAAGUUUGAGAGAAUAGAGAGGUUUAUGGGCAAAGCAACGGAGAAAUUCUCAACCAUAUAGGCGGGGUUGAAAAGUCAUCAAUCAACCUUGACAACCGUGACCGCAAGGAUGGGGAUUAUAAUGCAAGCAACUCUUCAUCGAAAUCAACGUGACGAAUCGGAGCUAGGAGCGUGACCCUCCGAAGCGGGAGAGAAACUCAAGAAGUACCCAUCUGGAAGAAGCCUAUCAAGGCACCAGAGAAAGCCGAACCUACUAUUUCCCUCGAACAACAAGGGAGCAUGGGUACAUCUCGACGAGAAAAGGUGGAGUCGACUCCUCAACCGGAACAAUAAAAAUGAAAAGCCAACUCACCGCUUCCCUACCCCAGUAGGCUCCACAAGGAUCGAAUGGCGGCAGAGUUUUCUCACUUUAUGGAGCUAAUGAACCAAUUGUACGUCA